AAAAACCAGGAGGGGAAGGAAGGGACUUUUGUAAAAUUUUGUAAAAUACUUUCCUUCCAAGGGAGGCCUAUACUGAAAGGGGCGUUUUAAACCAGUUCAGAUCUGGGGUGUUUUGAUGUACGAUCAAACCAAUGUCGAGCCCAGAGGGAGAACGCUAUGGGUCCCCCAAGGGCUUUCUGCCCUGUUCCUUUCUGCUAGCAUCCCUCCCCAGGGACCCCACACCGUGUAUAAGAAACUUAAGCCGCCACACUCAACUCCCUACUUCGCCUCUACAAGCCCAUCGUCCUUCCACCUUCUUCGACAGUCCCUGCCCCCCUGACCCAUGGAGACCCCUCUGGAGAAAGCCUUGGCCACUCUGGUGUGCACCUUUCACAAAUAUUCGGGCAGAGAAGGCGACAAACUGACUUUGAGCAGACAAGAAUUGAAGGAAUUGGUAAAACAAGAGCUGGGUUUGGGAGAGAAAAUGAAGGACCGUGGGAUCGACAAGCUGAUGGAAAGCUUGGACAAGAACCACGACGAUGAGAUCGAUUUCAAGGAAUACACCGGAUUUCUCACGGCCCUUUGCAUGUCCUACAACGAAUUCUUCCAACAAGAUGCCAAAUGAGAAGCGUCCUUAAAAAGGGGGGUGGGUGGGAGAG